CUCCUAUUGCGCCCCUAGUGUCGGGCCUGUGCCUCCACCGGAUUGGCUGAGCGGUUGUCAGGAGUGUUUACAGGAAACAUGGCUUCCCUGUCUGUUGGAGAGCUUCAAGAAAUGGAAGUGGACCGAAGGGGUGAGUCUGAGGAGUCUGGUGACGAUGACACCAGGAGGAAGAGUAUCAACGGCGAUGUGGACCCCAAUCAACCCACUACCACAAGCAAAGAAGAGUCUCCUGUUGACAUGGACACGAUAACUUUGGACCCAGAUGAAGAGGAUGUUGAUCUUGUUCAUUGUCGUAUUGGAAAAAUUGAAGGACUGGAGGUUCUACAGAAGGCUAAAACGCUCUCCUUACGACAGAACCUCAUCAAAAAGAUAGAAAACCUCGAAAGUUUGAGCUCACUGCGUGAACUAGAUCUCUAUGACAAUCAGAUUCGCAAGCUAGAGAACCUGCACAACCUCACAGAGUUGGAACAGCUCGACGUCUCCUUCAACCUUUUGAGGAAGGUUGAGGGUUUGGAGCCGUUAACUAGGCUGAAGAAACUUUUCCUGCUUCACAACAAAAUUGGCAGCAUUGCCAACCUGGACCACUUCUCAUGUCUGGAGAUGCUGGAGCUGGGCUCCAAUCGCAUUAGGGUCAUUGAGAACCUGGAUGCACUCUCCUCUUUGCAAAGCUUGUUUCUGGGCACCAAUAAAAUAACAAAGCUUCAGAAUCUGGACGGUUUACACAACCUGACUGUUUUAAGCAUCCAGAGUAACCGGAUUACUAAGAUUGAGGGUCUGCAGAACCUCCUCAGCCUGAGAGAGCUCUAUCUGAGCCACAAUGGCAUUGAGGUCAUCGAGGGCUUGGAAAACAAUAAAAAACUCACCACCCUGGACAUUGCGGCCAAUCGAGUAAAGAAAAUUGAAAACAUCAGCCAUCUGACAGAGCUGCAGGAGUUCUGGAUGAACGAUAACCAGAUAGAUAACUGGUCAGAUCUCGAUGAGCUGAAGAACGCCAAGUCUCUGGAGACGGUGUACCUAGAAAGAAACCCGCUACAGAAGGAUCCACAGUACCGGCGGAAGAUCAUGCUGGCGCUGCCCAGCGUACGCCAGAUCGACGCCACCUUUAUCCGCUUCUAAAAACCGCAGCGUACGAGUCACCUGCCAACUUCAGUGUUCUCCCCCUCUCCCCGCCUCCCCUGCCUACAGAAACAAAGCCCUUUUAAACACAUUGGCUUCACUGAGAUUCACUAACAUCGUCACUCCAUUCACAAAGUACAUUCCACACUAUCACCCACAGCACACUCACUGUACACGUAUGCAUGUGUGCACUCACUCAAACCUCGAUCUAUGCUAUUGUGUGGAAUCUUUUAUUUAUUAAGGUGGAACUGUGAUAAUGAUAAACUACCCUACGCUCAUUCCCUUAUUUUUCCUCUGCACUUUCUUUUGCUGUUCUGAUCAUGCAGUGCCCAUCAGGGAGUAAGGAAAUCAGUCUUAUUUACCACGUUGUCUAAUCUGUGCUCUUAUCACAUUAGAGGGAAGGGUGGCAUUCUUAGUAUUUGGGGGAUUGUGGGAGUUUUUUUUUCUUUAGCUUGGACAGAGUGACGCCGUUCUCCUAAGCUACAUAUAGAUCCAUUAACUUAAUCAAAAUUAAAGGGAAAUUCCAUCAUAAAAUAGAUUUUAUUUAAUUGUCAGAAUGCUACCUUAUCAUUUGGCGAGCUUCAAAAUCGUCCUCACCAGGUACAAAACAUGACAGUCUAAGACUAAUUUGAAGCAACUCAGUAAAGUGGCACUUGCAUACGUCAGUCUCUUUAAGGAAAACGGAUCCUUUGCAGCUUAAACUGAUGUAUCGUUUUAAUAAACUGACACCGUACUAAUUAUGGGCAAAUUUUGAUGUCCAGCAGCCUUGUCUAUUCCUUCUAAUGUAGUGUUACCAAGUUCAUACAUCCAUUUGCUGAUUAACGAGAGUGACCUCUGCAGUAACGUAAAACUCAUGAGAAUGUAUAAUCACUUUAUGUGGUUUUGUUAUCAGUGAUACCAUUAGCUUUUUUUCGUUUUGUUUUGUUUUGUUUUUUUAAACUUAGCAUACAUCACUGAUUACAUGCGGCCUUGGGUAUCUUUAGGUUUGUUCAUUAACUUAAUUUGAACAGAUAACAGUAAAAUUUAGUUUCUGAAUUGACUUUACAUUGAAACGGCUGGACUGGUCUCAGUUAGGCGUUAACUAAUGUAAGAUACUUAAUGCUGUUGGCACAGACAAUUUUUUUUAAAAUACAUUUUGGAAUUUAAAAACCUCUGAUGUAUAAAGACACUAUGAUAACAUUUGGCUUAAAUGUGAUAGGAAUCAGUGUAUAUUUGCUGACUGUUCUUGCCAUAGGAUUUCUUAUAUCAAACAGAAAGAUGACCACCUGGAACCAAAACUAAAUCAACUGUUCUCGUGGUCUCCUGUAUAUAAACCUUUAGUGCGUUUGAUUUACACCCUGUUAAAGUCAAAAAGUCAUGUAUCUUUUGUAUGAAAACGAUUCCCCACCUCAGGGCUGAAACGUCUCCUGUGAAUACAAUACAGAAGCAUCAAACGUUAGUACAUUAAUGGGCUUAAGAGGAAAAGAGAUUUUCUGUGUGAUAGAAGAUCAUCAUCAUCUGAUUCCUUUUAUUUAACACAAGCCUUUAAAUGACCCCUUGUAGGCUAGAAAAUAAGACCAGAAAAUACAGAUUUUUUUUUUUUAUUAUUGUAGAAUUAAUGUCUUUAGCUGACAUGCUGUUUGAAAUUAGGAUUUCAACUCUUUUACGUCAAAUUGUUCAUGAUUAGCGGUCUUAAGGAUAACUGUUGAACAUUUAUGAGUAUCAUAUCAGACUAUCAGAUGAGAGGUUAUACGUUAUUGAUACGACUCUGAUGUAACUUCAGAUUCCGUUUAACAAUUGGCCAAUGAGAGCGUAUUUGUAAAUACAGUUGGGACAUUUCAUGAUGUAGAAAUCCAGUGCCAUCAUCACCUCCCCUUUGUAAAGUGAUUUUCUUCUUCUCUUGUUUUGUUUAUGCCAGGCAGCACAACAGAUUUAUGUGAAAUAAGUAAAGUAACUUGACCUCGAAUGGUCUCUGAAGGAGCGAUUACUGAAACUGCUAUCGGCUUCUCGCUGGUGGAACUGGGUCUUUGGGUUUUGGACUUGGUUGAAGCUGUUUUGAAACUGAAUGUAUUAUGCAAAUAACAAUAAAAUUACACUACUUAAGA